AUGCGAUCAGUUUCCCUUUUCAGCGCGCUGCUACUCAGUAGCAGCGCUAUCGCAGAACACCCCUUUGUUCUCGACGCGAAGAACAACGUCACAUAUCAAGGGCUGAACCGUAACGACAUUGAGGUUUUCUUAGGUAUUCAUUACGGACAAGACACAAGUGGUGAGAACCGAUUUAAGCCGCCGCGGCCUGCCGUCCCCGAGCCCAGUAGUACCAUCGUCGCGCAAUCCUACGGUCAGGUCUGCCCGCAGCCAUUGGGUCUUGGCGCGCCGCCGCUUACUUUGACGAACGUGACGGAGUAUUCGGAGGAUUGUCUCGUGCUCAAUGUAGCACGACCAAGCGGCUUGUGUGCGGAGGAUCGACUGCCUGUUAUGGUCUACAUCCAUGGUGGUAGCUUUUGGUUCAAUUCUAAUCAAGAUGAAACGACUGCUCCAGAUGGCUUGAUCGUGGAGUCUAUCGCCAAUGGACUGCCCGUCAUUCACGUGGCUAUGAACUAUCGUCUCGGGUUUUUCGGAUUCUCACAAUCCGACGCUCUCGAGUCCGAGGGUUCGGAAAACGCCGGUUUAAGGGACCAGCGUCUAGCUAUUGAGUGGGUUCGCGACAACAUCGCGAACUUCGGCGGCGACCCCGAGAAGAUCACCAUCUUCGGACAGUCAUCCGGUGGUCUCGCCGUUGGUCUACAAAUCCUAGCGUACGGGGGCAGCAAACCGAUCCCAUUCCAACAGGGCAUAUGCGAGAGCCAGGCUUUGGAACCCGGCAUCACGGGUAACUUCACAAUCGACGCCUUCGAGCUCGUCGUCGACGCAGUCGGAUGCAACUCCAGCGCCCUGCACUCACCCGAAACCGUCUCCUGCCUGCGGAACCUAGACACGCAAGCUUUGCAAGCCGCAGCCGAGUCCACGUACCUCUCAGACAUCCCGCACAACAUCGGCGACAUCUGGCUCCCAGUCGUCGACGGCGACUUCCUCCCCGCCGCGCCCUCACAACUCAUCGCCGAGCACCGCUUCGCAGCAAACGUAACAGCCAUGAUGCUCUGGGCCGAAGACGACAUGGCGUUUUUCACCGACACCAACAUCACUACCGCAGCCGACACGCACGAUUUCAUACAAUCCUACAUCUCCCACGUCAGUGCCUCCGACGUUGAUUCCCUGCUCGACUUAUACCCAUCAACCGAGUUCACCGCCAACGAAGCCGCGAACCUAUCCUCUGAAUUCUACCGCACGGCGCGUAUCUUCCGAGACAUCCUCAUGGUAUGCGAGCCCGUGUAUCUCGGGUCCGCGCUAGCAGCCGCCGGAAACCCGGUGUAUCUCGUAGAGUGGAACCAAACGAUCCUCACCCCCAUACUCCAGGAUCUGUAUAAUGAAUCCGGAUUCGGCGUUAUCCACACCUCGGAAUUCGCGUAUACGUUUGGUAACCUAUCACACUAUGACACAAGAGGCUACGCUUUCGACCCUACGCCAGAGGAUUUCGCACUUGCGAAGCGGGGUUCAAGGACUUGGUCUACGUUUGCGAGUCUAGGCGUACCGGGUAUCGAGGGUAAGGAUACAUUCCAAGGAUUCGAGCGGUCGUUUACUACGGGUGGUAGCGAUGAGACGUUUUCGGUUUUCGUGGCUGGAGGACCGAAUGAGGGUUUCUCGCCUGUUGAAGGCUCGGCUUCGAAGGCUGUGGUGGCGGAGCAGAGGUUUAAGGAACGGUGUGCGCUGAUCAACUCGGAUUCGUUUAUUAAGCAGCUCGACUAUUAG